GUAUAAUACUGCUUUAAGUAAUUUUGGCGAGGACAACAAUGCACUUGUCUCUUUGGUAUUCUUUUACACUCUUUGUAAUUUUUGCUUUCAGCUUGGGAAGGUCUUUAACAAAUGCAAAUGAAGAGAAGAAGGUGUAUAUAGUUUAUAUGGGAGGCUUACCUCUAGAUCCAAAUUAUUCACCAAACGCACACCACUUAAGCAUGCUGCAACGAGUGGUCGGUAGCAGCUAUAUAGAGAAAUCCCUUAUCAGGAGCUACAACAGGAGUUUUAAUGGAUUUGCUGCUCGUCUAACAGAAAGAGAAGCGGUUAAAUUGUCACGUGAUGAAACUGUGAUAUCAAUAUUCCCAAGUAAAACUUAUCACCUUCUUACAACAAGAUCAUGGGAUUUCAUGAGUUUUCCUCAAAAUGUACAUCGCAACCUUAACGGCGAGGGUGACAUUAUCAUAGGAAUGCUUGAUAGCGGGAUUUGGCCAGAAAAUCCAAGUUUCAACGAUCAUGGUUUUGGGCCUAUACCGACAAAAUGGAAGGGUCAAUGUAAAGGUGGAGAUGAUUUCAAAUGUAACAAGAAGAUCAUCGGAGCGAGAACCUACAACAAAACAAGUUGUCGAGAUUCCAUUGGCCAUGGAUCACACACUGCUUCAAUAGCAGCUGGAAACAUUGUUCAAAAUGCAAGUUUCUAUGGAAUCGCCGGAGGCGUCGCAAGAGGUGGAGCUCCUUCAGCUAGGAUAGCUGUGUAUAAAGUUUGUUCAGAAAGCGGUUGUGAUGUCGAACAAAUAAUGGCGGGAUUUGACGAUGCAAUCGCGGAUGGGGUUGAUAUUUUGUCGAUUUCUUUUGGACCAAGUGCUCCUCUUGAACUCCAUGAAGACGUUGUCGCCAUUGGUUCCUUUCACGCUGAAGAGAAAGGUAUCUUAAGUGUGCAAGCCGCUGGAAAUACCCGUUUUCAAGUAGCGGGAAUUACGAGCAAUGCGCCGUGGUUGUUUAGUGUGGCUGCAAGUACUAUUGACCGCCGACUUUAUACUGAUAUUGUGUUUGGAAAUGGAACCAUUUUGAAGGGCCGUUCUAUUAAUUCUUUCAAGUUGAAUGGAACGCAAUUUCCAGUUGUAUAUGGAGCAGAAGCUUCAAGCAAAUGUGACCUCAGAGAUGCCCAGAUCUGCUCGUAUGGUUGUAUUGACCCUAAGUUGGUGAAGGGAAAGAUUAUACUUUGUCAAUCAAUUUUCGCAGAAAAAACCAGUUAUAUAGCAGGUGCUAUUGGGUUUAUAGCCCCAGUUGAUUUUAGCGAGUCAUACGUUUCUCCAAUAGUUUCAACAUUCCUAACAGAUGAGCAAUUUGAAUUCGCAGAGAGCUAUUAUAGUUCAACCAAGACUCCAACUAUGAACAUGUUGAAAACUGUGGAUCAAAGAGAUUUGGCUGCUCCUUUGGUAGCUGAAUUCUCUUCCAGAGGGCCAAAUUCACAAAUUCUAGAUAUUUUGAAGCCAGAUAUAAUUGCUCCGGGAGUAGAAAUUUUAGCUGGAUAUUCACCUUAUAGUCCUCCAUCAGGUGUACCAAAUUAUGAUUAUGGACACAAUGAAUUUUCUUAUGGAGCUGGGCAUCUUAACCCUGUCAAAGCUGCAAAUCCAGGGAUUGUGUACAAAACAACUAAAGAAGAAUACCACAACUUAUUGUGCAGCAUGAAUAUCAGUUCGGACACUGCCACAAAGAUGUCAGGAUUUAACAUUUCAUGUGAUGAUUACCAACGAGGGUUUAAACCCAAGGAUCUGAAUUACCCUUCAAUGGCUUCACCAAUUGAAUCUGGUCAUGGAAAAUUUCAAGUUCAAUUCAAGCGAAGGGCCACGAAUGUUGGUGUCGCUAUGUCAAUGUACUAUGCUAAACUCAGCUGUUAUCAGUCACCGUGCAAUGCCACUGUAGCGCCGGAAAAACUUGAGUUUAAGGCGCUGAAUGAAGAAAUACCAUUUGUGGUUACAGUUAGUGGGGAAAAUUUGGAAAGUGUUUUAUCUGCUUCGCUUGAAUGGAAUGAUGGCACUCAAGUUGCCAGAAGCCCAAUUGUUGUUUUUAAUCCUAAAAUUAUGGCAUCUGCUUGA